AUGGCGACCACCAAGAAGAGGGAGAUGGUGUUCUUCAACGUGGAGGCUGCGCAGUCCCCGUCGCUGCCCGGUGAGUGCAGCCUGCUGGAGUUCGCCGCCAUCCUCGUCUGCCCACGCCGCCUCGUCGAGGUCUCCAGCUACUCCACCCUCAUCCGCCCGGACGACGCCGACGCCGACGGUGGCGUCCUCUCCGCCUCCUCCGGCGCACCCUUGUUCGAGGACGUCUUCCCGGACAUCUUCGAGCUGCUGGACGGCUGCGUGUGGGCGGGCCACGGCAUCCUGCGCGCCGGCUGCCCGCGCAUGCGCGAGGCCUUCGCCGCCUUCGGCCUGGGCGCGCCGGAGCCCGUGGGCGUCGUCGACUUGCUCGACGUGCUCCUCGCGCAGGGCGCGCAGGGGUGCUUCGGGCCGGCCGCCGCCGGGGACGACAACCAGGAGGAGGACGAGGAGGCGGCGGCCCUGGCGGAGCACUUCGGGAUCGGCGCGCGGCGGAUGCGGGGGCUCCGGUGCCUGGACGGCGCGCGCGUGAGCCUCGAGGUGCUGGGACACCACAAAGGAAUGGAAUUUUUCCACGGCGGCAGCGGCCCCUCGCGCCCGCGCGGGGACAGCGGCGGCGACAACGAGGGCCAAGCGCGAGGAGGAUGCAGGGCGGCAAUCUCGGCGGGUCCAGCGCAGCUGGACGUCGUCGGCGAGGCGUUCUGCCUCUCCUAUAUAAACAGCGCUUACGAAAAUUUUAAGUUAGUUGCCGUCUUCGUCACGCGCCUGUCCCUGUGUCGCCCACGUCGCCGCCCCAUCAUCGCCGCCCCCAUCCCAUCGUCGUCGUCGCCGCCCCCGUCAUCGUCGCCCAGCCCGUCGCCGUCCUUGCUCGCCCGCGAGCGUCACGCACCGUCCCGGCCCGUCGCGCCGUCGUCCCCGCCCCCGUCAUCGCCGCCCCAGCCCCUCGCCGUCGUCGCCGCCCGCACCCGCGUCGCCCCCUCGUCAUCGCCACCCUGGCCCAUAUGUCGUCGUCGCGCCGCCCCGAUGAAGAAUUAG